AAAAAAAAGGGGUGAGACUCACCAGGAUAUAUAUUUUUAAAGGACCCAUUUUUAAUUAAAUGUAACUCAAUCUAACAGAUUUAUUUGAAAAUUCUCAGAAAAUUCAAAAUUCACUCCGAUUCUGUGCGGUAAAUUUGGGGAAAGAGGCACUAUAUUUGUCAUAGAAAACAAGGACGUUGAAUCCUAGAGUUAAGUGGAAAAACUCAGCGCAAAUUAGCUAUGGAGGCACUGAGUGUGCUACUAAUGAAGCUGUUGAAACUGAAAGGGAAACUUGCCCGCCCGCUCCACGUUCAGCCGCAGGGUGGGUCAGCAGGUCCCGGAUCUGGGAGCAAGCGAGCGGGCGGGCGCGCGCACGCUAGACGGCAGCGCCCGCUCACUGGGGAGGACACCCUCCCCUCCCCCGCCCCCAGGAAAGUAGCACGAUGGCGGCCGCGGGGGGUCCCCCCGCGCCACCGCACUCUCGAGCCGUGGGUGAGCUCUGCCAGAACGCCCGAGACACCUUCCUGGAGGCCUCGCGGCUACUGCUCACUUACGCGGACAAUAUCCUCAGACAUCCAAAUGAAGAAAAAUAUAGGUCUAUUCGGAUUGGAAACCCAGCGUUUUCUACUCGGUUGUUACCUGUCAGAGGAGCAGUUGAAUGUUUGUUUGAAAUGGGAUUUGAAGAGGGAGAAACUCAUCUUGUUUUUCCUAAGGAAGCCUCAAUUGAACAACUCCACAAAAUCCGAGAUCUGAUUGCUGGAGAGAGAAAUAGCAGAUUAAGUGAAUCAAGUCAAACCCAAAGAUCAGGAUCUUCUCAAACUGUAACCAGUAUGCAGCCUAUUGUACCUCAGUCUUCAACAGCUGCUGACUCAACCCCAAUUCCUGUCAGUAGGCAACUACAAACAUCAACUGCACAAUCUGCUGCAAUGGAGGCUGAAACAAUCUUCUUUAAAACCCUUCAAUCAAACUUUCAGCAUGUGCAAGUGUAUGAGAACCAGUCUCUUCAGAAGAAAGCAUUGGCUUCUAUUCCAGUUCAAGCAUUGAAAGAGAGAGCUCAAGAAAAGUUAGCACAAGCCAAAAAAGUGGAUGGAGGAACCCAUGUGAAUGAAGAUGAUUUUUUGUUGUUGGAGCUCUUGCAGUGGUUUAAGGGUGAAUUUUUCCAAUGGGUGAAUAACCUUCCUUGCAGCAAGUGUGGUGGUCAGACACAAUCGAAAGGUAUCUUAUCACCUAACGAUGAAGAUCUGAGAUGGAAUGCGAGUAAAGUUGAAAAUCAUCACUGUAACCAGUGCCAGUUCAGCAAUAGAUUCCCAAGGUAUAAUAAUCCUGAGAAACUUCUGGAAACAAGAUGUGGGCGUUGUGGAGAGUGGGCUAACUGUUUUACACUGUGCUGCAGAGCUAUGGGAUUUGAAGCUAGAUAUGUCUGGGAUUCAACAGAUCAUGUGUGGACUGAGGUAUAUUCUUCAUCCCAGCAGAGAUGGCUUCAUUGUGACCCUUGUGAAAAUGUCUGUGAUAAACCUCUUCUCUAUGAGAUUGGCUGGGGAAAGAAGCUCUCCUAUAUAAUUGCAUUCUCCAAGGAUGAGGUUGUUGAUGUCACCUGGAGAUAUUCCUGUAAACACGAAGAAUUACUUUCUAGAAGGUCACAGGUCAAAGAAGCAACAUUGCGUGAAACCAUAGAGAGGCUUAAUAAACUGAGACAGCAAUCCUUGUCAGAAAGCAGAAAGAGAGUGCUCCUGGAGAGGAUAAUUGUAGAGCUUGUUGAGUUCAUUUCUCCUAAAACUCCUAAACCUGGUGAACUUGGUGGAAGGAUAUCUGGUUCAAUGGCUUGGAGAGUAGCCAGAGAUGAAAUUGGUUCAGAGAUGAGAAAAGAAGUCAUUUUUAUUCCAACUGGGAAAGAGAAGACGUCUAAACUCUUCCACCUCAGUUACAAUAUAGUGGAAGAUAGCUAUACACGAGUUUCCAAUAGUAAUGAAAAAAUCACUGGCUGGGAUAAAGGUGUGUGGAAGACGGAGUCUCUAUGGAGAAAGGUUGAAAUGGAUUGGAAAAUGGUUUAUUUAGCCCGAAAAGAAGGGUCAUCCUCUGCUUACAUCUGCUGGAAGUUUGAGUGUGGGUCAGUUGGUCUAAAAAUAGACAACAUUUCCAUUCGAACGAACAGUCAGACGUUUCACAGUGGAAGAAUAAGGUGGAGAUUGCGCUCCAACAUAGCAGAAGUUGAUCUGACUGGAGAUAAAAUUCUUCGCUCCUAUUCAGAUUUCUCUGAUGCAACAGAAGUUAUUUUGGAAGCUGAACUAAGUGGAGGGGAUGGUGAUAUUGCAUGGCAGCACACCCAGCUGUUUAGAGAGAGCUUAAGUAACUCUGGAGAAAAUUGUUUGGAGAUAAUUGUAAAACUCAUUGGUCUCUGAGAAUCUAAACAGAAGAGAAAUGCUAUUGGCAACAGGGAUUUAUUAUAUAUAAAAUGCUGUGGAUACAAUGUGAGGACUCGAUUGUCAAUUACCAGGGUUCAUACUGCUGGCAUUUUUUUUCCCAUUUGCCAGUUUUAAUUUGGCCAUCAUGAAAAUAAUAAAUUUUAUACUAUGGACCAUAGAGAAACAUUGGAAUUUUGCAGGUUUUAUUCUUGUGUAAACUUAUAGCAAAUAUGAAAAUGUCAAAGUAAAAAUGUUUCAUCCAAAACACAGAAAUUAAGGUAUUCAGAGUUACAAUUGAUGCUCCAUCCUAAACUUGCUUCAUAGUCAGAGGGGGAAAUAAUGAUGGGAAAGCAAAACUGGGUGAGGAACAUACAGCAGUUUUAACUUUGAAUUUGGGGGCUGGUUUGUUUCACAAUCUCUGCUGUUAUUUGGAGUUAAAAUUUGCACUUAGGUGUCUGGUAGGCAGCAUGUGUUAUGUUGUUUUUAAUUUUAAAAGGCUUGUUUAAAGGAUAAUAUUAGCCCCUAACAUCUCCUGUGAUUAAAUCUACAUACUAUUUAGGCCUUUUAAAAGAUACAAUAUUAUUUUACAUGAUAUACUAGAACAGGAGCUUUGGAUAAAUAUUAAGGCAGUUUUUAAAGAUGGCCUAGAUAUAUGCAUGUAUUGGUCUAAGUAAUAAACAUAUUUUGGAGUAUAAUAGUAUACUGGGUAAAUACAUUUAUGUUCAGCAUGUACCUAGAAAUUCUGUUAUGGUCUAUCAUGUAAAAUAGAGAUUUAAAAUUGAGUAAAAACAAAUAAUUUUUAUCCUGGAAAAUGCCUAGUUUGUUAUACAUAUUUUUGUACUGUAUAAAUCCAGAUUUAUCCCCCUUUUUAUUAAGUUGCUUAUUGAGCGGAUAUAGAUCAUAAUCACUUUUUAAGAAGCUAUUAUCUUGUGUCAGUCUGAGUCACGUGCACCAGAUUUGUUGCUAGAAGUACAUGAG